AUGCACACCAUAACAUUCAACCUCAUAACCCCCUCCGACGCCCCCCGCAUAGCCGAAGGCACCAUAAUGUUCCUCCCACCCCACGACCAGAUCCCCGCAGGAACCUACACGGAUCCCAGCAUGAACAUCGGCGCGUACAACCACCCAAUCGUGAUUCUCUCCUGUCCAAAAAGCCCAUUGAGACUUGACUCGAAAGUUGAAAUCGCAAUCAUGACAUCUUUCCACGGCACCUCAAUCCGCACGCAUCUCGCCUCAAAAGGCAUCGUCACCGCCACGGGCGCCGAAGCAGCAGCUAAAGCGGGUUAUCUGCGCGUCGUCACGGCGUCGAAACCGCACGCGUUAGGUACGUUGAAAUUGAGGAAUGGGAAGGGGAUGAAAAGGGAUUGCUCGUAUGUUGGGUUGAGGAAUACGUAUACGAUUGCGUUGGGCGCUUUGGCGAGGUAUGGUGGGGUGAGGGAGGAGGUCGAUGCGUAUCGGUUGACGGCGCAUGCUUUGAGGGUGCUUGUUGGGGGGAUUGAGGAGAGGAGGGGGAGGGAGGGGAAAACUGUGAGGAGGAGGAGCGUGGGCGCGGAGAAGGAGAAGGUAGAGAAGGAGCGGAAGGAUAGGAUUGUCAGGGAGAUUGAACGGGAGGUGUUAAGUUCCACGACUGUGGGGGCUAGGGAUGAAGAUAUUGUGAUGACGGAGCGACGGAAGAGUGUGGGGAAUAUUGUGAAAGGAAGGGCGCAAGAUCUUAUCAAAGAGAUUCCGAAAGAGUUCUUGAGUCCCACUGCAUUGAGGGCUAGAGCUAGGGAGGAGAAGAAGAGAGCGGCGAUGGAGCCAAGGAGGAGGAGUAGAAGGUUGUCUUCUAUUGUGUUGCAAGGUCUUGAAAAUUCUUAUGGAAUUGUUGAGAAAGAAAAUAAGGGGGAUCCAGAAGAAGAACUGAAAAGUAAAAAAGACUCGUUGAAUCGUGAUGUGUUGAUGGGCCAACUGAAGUUCAAACAACAACGCAAAGGAAUCGAGCAAAAGAAAACGAGCAGGCGAGAAAAACCGAAAACGCAAAAGGAGGUGCAUAAGCUGCUCAAGGCCAAGAGUCAGAAACUUCAAGAAAGACAAGAGUUACAUCGUAGUGCCGAAGAGAAAUUAAAGUUAUCAAAGCAGAGGAAACUAGCCGAGCAAGAGAAGCUGGCCAAGCACGUCAAAGCGAACAAGCUGAAGAAGGAGCAGGAAGAGAAGCACAUCUUAGGGCAACAGAAGUUGCAAGAGCAGAAGAAGCAGCAACAGAAACUGAAGCAGGAAGAGAAGCUUAAACAGCAGAAGAAGGCGGAGGAAAAGCAGCGGGUAGUUGAGCAGCAGAGAUUAAAAAAGCAGAGAAAGAUACAUCAGAAAACAAGGGUGAUUGAGAAAAAGAAAGUGAAAGAGCAGAGGAUACUCAAGAAAGAGAAGAAAUUGAAGCAGGGAAAAAAGAAGGUCCAGUUGAACAGGAAGAAAGCGAAGAAGUUGUAA